ACUCACGGAGAGCGAUGGACCAUGCUGCCCCGUCUACUCCUGUGCCCCUCCAGUGACGUCAUCGGUCUCCCCGAGUCCACCCCCGCCGGCGUCCACCCCUCCGAGGACGACGUCCGUGAGGGUGACUACGGCCGUGAGCUCCCCGCCGUCGAGGACCUGGCGCACAACGACGCCGGCGGUGACGACGACGCCACCACCACCACCAACAACAACAACAGGGCCACCACCACCGCCACCAACAUCAGGGCCACCACCACCACCACCAACAACAACAUCAGGACCACCACCACCACCAACACAGGAACCUACAGAACUCCCCACGACUCCUCCACCGUAUGAACCAACGGAGGAUCAAGACGAAACUGAAUCGCCACCACCACCACCAACUACAACAUCAGGACCACCACCACCACCAACAUCAGGACCACCUCCACCACCAACAUCAGGACCACCUCCACCACCAACAUCAGGUCCACCACCACCACCACCAACAUCAGGACCACCUCGACCACCAACACAGGAACCUACAGAACUCCCAACAACUCCUCCACCGUAUGAACCAACGGAGGAUCAGGACGAGACUAAACCACCACCACCACCAACUACAACAUCAGGACCACCUCCACCACCAACAUCAGGUCCACCUCAACCACCAACAUCAGGACCACCUCCACCACCAUCAUCAGGACCACCUCCACCACCAACAUCAGGACCACCUCCACCAGCAACAUCAGGUCCACCUCGACCACCAACAUCAGGACCACCUCGACCACCAACACAGGAACCUACGGAACUCCCAACAACUGCUCCUCCAUAUGAACCAACGGAGGAUCAGGACGAGACUGAAUCACCUCCACCCCCACCACCAACUACAUCAUCAGGGCCACCUCCUCCACCAACAUCAGGACCACCACCUCCACCAACAUCAGGACCACCACCGCCACCACCACCAACUACAACAUCAGGACCACCACCACCAACUACAACAUUAGGACCACCACCUCCACCAACACAAGAACCUACAGAACUCCCCACGACUCCUCCACCAUACGAGCCGACAGAGGAUCAGGACGAAACUGAAUCACCACCUCCACCACCACCAACUACAACAUCAGGUCCACCACCACCACCAACAUCAGGACCACCACCACCAACAUCAGGUCCACCACCACCAACAUCAGGUCCACCACCACCAGCAACAUCAGGACCACCUCGACCACCAACAUCAGGACCACCUCGACCACCAACAUCAGGACCACCUCCACCACCAACAUCAGGACCACCUCGACCACCAACAUCAGGAUCACCUCCACCACCAACAUCAGGUCCACCACCACCAACAUCAGGACCACCUCAACCACCAACAUCAGGUCCACCACCACCAACAACAUCAGGAUCACCUCCACCAACAUCAGGACCACCACCGCCACCAACAUCAGGACCACCUCGACCACCAACAUCAGGACCACCACCGCCAGCAACAUCAGGACCACCAGCACCACCAACAUCAGGACCUCCACCACCACCAACAUCAGUUUCACCACCUCCACCAACACAAGAACCUACGGAGCUCCCAACAACUCCUCCUCCGUAUGAACCAACGGAGGAUCAGGACGAGACUGAAUCACCACCUCCACCACCACCAACCACAACAUCAGGUCCACCACCACCAACAUCAGGGCCACCUCCAACAUCAGGACCACCUCCACUACCAACACAAGAACCUACGGAACUCCCAACAACUGCUCCUCCAUACGAGCCAACGGAGGAUCAGGACGAAACUGAACCACCACCACUACCAACUACAACAUCAGGUCCACCACCACCACUAACAUCAGGACCACCUCCACCACCAACAUCAGGACCACCACCACCACCAACACAAGAACCUACAGAACUCCCAACAACUGCUCCUCCAUACGAACCGACUGAGGACCAGGAGCCAUCGGAGCCUCCUCCACACCCCACGGAUGAAGCGACGGAACUCCCCACGACUCCUCCUCCGUACGAGCCUACGGAUCACCCCGAGGACAACUCGGAGACUCCACCAUCUCCUCCUCCUUCGUCCACCUCGUUGUCCACCUCUUCGCCGUGCGGCUCAGCGACCUGCCCGCCGGCGCCGCGCUGCGUCAAAGCCGGCGAGCGUCUGGUGGUGGUGGAGUCGUCGGUUAUGGGCGAUUGCUGCCCCGUCUCCUACUGCAGUGAGUUCUAA